UUGUCACAAGUUAAAGUAUUUUCUCUAUUAUCAAGUCGAGACUCUGUUAUUGUUCGAAAAAUUGUGACUUCAAUCAUAAUUAAUUCGCAAAAAUGCCGACCUACGAGAUGAUAUUACUGGUCCGACAAAUGGCUAAGCCUCAAUUUAAGGCAGCUGUUAAACGUUCUGCCGAACAUAUAUUCGACCGUGGCGGUUUCAUUCGAAAGAUCGAUUACUUGGGAUUCAAUAAAUUGGCAUACAAAAUCAGUAAAAGUGCGAUGCCAUACCGUGAGGCCGAACAGAUCAUUUUCAAUUUUGAUGUAAGCGCACAAGUGAAAGACGAUUUAAUGGAAGAAGUUGACCUCGAUAUCGAUAUAAUUCGUUGUAAAAUUUUCCCAUACGAAGUGCCAAAACCAUUUGAAUGCACACUUGAACAAGAAUUACAGCCAGUAUCGUAUCGAGAAGAUGUGAAAAAAUUAUUGGAACUGCAAGAAAAGAGCAAGAAAAAACGAUGGCUGCCAAAUAUGGGAAUUGAAUACUAUCCAUUCCAACGAUAGACACAAUUUUCAUUGGAAUUUUUUUAGCUUUUUUGUGUUAUAAAAUUUACUGUAGUAAAUAAAUGCUUAUGAAUUAUGCCAUUAAUGGCUCAAAGGAAA